UUUCUGAUGUUACCUCUUGCAGAAAUGUGAAUAAUUGCUUUCCAAGAAACCAUAGGAAAAGUUCUGUUCAGCUUUUUUGUCCUCGGGCACUUCUGUUGCAUUUUACCCUAUCUCAGCAGUGGGACCAGUUCUGGGUUUGUCUGCUUUUCUUUAUUUUUCUUUUUUUUUUUUUUUUUUUUAAAAAAAAAAAGAUGGUGUUUUGCAGAUGUCUACAUAUUGAAAAUUCAUUUCCAAGUGGAACCAAACCAGCAGCCAUCCACAAAGACUGUCAAGUCCCAAAUCUGAAAGGAAGGAAGAGCAUCUCUCUUAGAUACCUGGCACCGUUACCUGGCUCAGUUGCCUUUUUUUAAAUAAAGUUGCAUGGGAUCUAAGUAACUGCGGAGCAGCGGAGUGCAGCCAUGUACUGAGCCAGGCUGGCCCGUUUAUGGAGCCAAGACAUGUGAGAUGCUGCUUGAAAGUAUUCCAGAAGCCAAAUGGUCGGUGUCUCCCCAGCGUCUAAAUCAAAGCCUUGUGGAAAUGUCAUCUCUCCACACCUCACACCAUCUCUCUGAACGCCGUGGGCUCUCAGCCCCCUCCCCAAGCCCAGCACACAAGUCGGUGCCAGGAGCAGAGGCAGGGGCCGAGCUGCCUCACUGCUGGGUGUUUUGUCCUGCUCCACGGGGCAAUGGCACAGCCAGCAAAAUCUUAGAGACUAGGUCUAUGGAAAAGAGAUGGAAAAGAGCGGAGAAGGAGCUCUGUUUGGCCGGCUGCACCAUCUUCAUCAGCUGGAGCGAGAUAAAAGGGUCGAUGGCUUGGCUGAGUACCUCAGAUCUCUUCUCAAGGGAAGCGGCACACGGUCCAGAAGGAAGGAAAAGGGACCAGGUUUGCCCAGCCUCGUGCUUUCCCUGCUCCGUGUGCGCUGUGAGGAGAGGGGACAGCUCUGUCUGCCAGGGACAAGCUCCAGGUAGUGAGAAAACACCCGGUAUCUCCCCGCAGCCAGAGGUAAGAGGUUUGGGUUGGGACCAGUGGUUGAAAUGAAGCCGUGGGGCGGGGGAGUGGGAAUUCUCAUCAUCCCAGCUCAGUUUCUGACUGCAGCCACUCUUGGUCUCCUCUCAGGAGAUUUAUUUUCUCUGUGUGUGUCAUUCAGUUUUGGCCAAAAAAAAGUAUGUUUUGUUGCAGCUGGAUUUUGACUGAAAAACUUAGGAGUAGCUCUGGGAAGUGACUAUGUUACUUAACCAGACUGAAGGAGUAGGAUGCUUUUGUUCUGCAGAUAGGAGCCACUGUGAUGGGCCUGUUUGAUGCCAGCCAACAAUGUCAUUUAAGAUUUUGAGAUGUUAAAGGCAAAGUUAUUUUGCAAGUGACCUCCCUUGUCCACAUGUUACAUUUGUAAAGCAUCAUUUGGAAUAUCUCAACGUUUCCAAAGUAGUUCUUGCUUAAGUGGAAGUGUCAUCAAGAAAUGUAGGCUUCCUGAAGAGGUCUCAGUUUCAGUGAAAUAAUAUUAUCUGAUCUUACUCCAUCCCACUGCUCUGUUGCAGAACAAGAGGUAUGCUAGAAGGAGCACAGGGGGAUGUAGUUCCAUCCCUGAUGUGAGCAUCUGUGCCAGGAUGAAUGCAAUAUAAACUGUGGUCUCAGGGCUGUGGUUGAUCAGGCCCAUAGCUGAAAACAAACAAAUCAACUGGCACCAUGGGGAAGUGAUUUGCUGUUUGAUUUGUCUGAGGUUAUUUUCCUUUAUUUAUUUAUCUAUGCAAUCUCCACGGGCCCUGGAGCUAAGCAAAGCACAUUAUGUACGUGACUGCAACACUUCAUGGCUGCCUGCUCUCCUGCCUUAGCUCUCCUGGUGCAAUGGAGGAGACAUCGAGCCAGAAGUCAGGACAGAGCAAAGACGUAGUGGGGUCCCUAACGCCAGAAGAGACUCCUGCCAGUUUUAUGUAUGUCAAAUUGGAGGAGUAUGAGCCUGCAGACUUCAGCACCAAGGAACUCAUCCGAAAGAAAGCCAGAGAGAUCUGCACAUGCGAUCGUCAAACCAUCACCACCUUCUUCUGUCGGCUGUUCCCAGUGCUGGACUGGCUUCCCCGUUACAACAUAAAGACACAGUUGCUUGGGGAUGUCAUAUCUGGGCUCCUAGUGGGGAUAGUUGCCAUCCCUCAGUCCAUCUCCUACUCCCUCUUAGCCAACCAGGAUCCCAUCUAUGGAAUCUACACCAACUUCUUCUGCAAUAUCAUCUACGUUGCUGUGGCCACUUCGCGCCAUAACUUCGUGGGGUCCUUUGGUGUCCUGUGCCUGAUGAUUGGGCAGUCUGUGAACCGGCACCUCCAGCUAGCAGGGUACAGUGACGACAAUGCUGCCUCUUCAGUGGUGGGCAACUCCACCUCCAUCAGAAAUGGGACAGGUGCCUGUGACAGGAGCUGCUACGCCAUCACUGUGGCCCUUUCCUUAAGCUUUCUGGUCGGUCUUUAUCAGAUCCUGCUGGGGGUUUUACAGCUGGGCUUUGUGGCUGUCUACCUGUCAGAACCUCUCCUCAGCGGCUUUGUGACCGGCUCCAGCCUCACCAUUAUCACCUCCCAGAUGAAGUAUCUCCUGGGACUGAAAAUCCCUCGUCAUGAAGGGGUGGGGUCCUUCAUCCUGACGUGGGUGGACCUUUUCAGAUACAUCCAGAACACCAACAUCUGUGACCUGGUCACUAGCCUGGUUGCUUUGGUUGUCAUACUGCCUGUCAAAGAGAUCAAUGACCGGUAUAAGGAGAAGAUGAAGGCCCCGUUCCCCAUAGAGCUGCUGGUGGUCAUUGUAGCCACAGUAAUAUCUUACUACUUUAACUUCGAAGAGCGAUACAAGUCUGCUGUUUGUGGGACUAUCCCCACUGGCUUCAGGAAACCCACUCUACCAGAUAUAAACCUGUUUUCCAGCCUGGCAGUUGAUGCUCUGCCCAUUGCUGUUAUUGGUUUUGCCAUGACUGUCUCCCUGGCAGAAAUCUUUGGCAAAAAGCAUGGCUACGCCGUCCGUGCCAACCAAGAGAUGAUUGCCAUAGGCAUGUGCAACCUGGUCCCUUCCUUUUUCUACUGCUUUGCCAGCUCUGCAGCCCUGAGCAAGACUCUGCUCAAGGAGUCCACGGGCACCCAGACUCAGGUCUCUGGCCUGGUCACCUCCCUGGUGCUGCUGCUGGUGCUGCUGUGGAUCGCCCCGCUCUUCUACUCACUGCAGACCUCCAUCCUGGGGGUGGUCACCAUUGCCAACCUGCAGGGGGGGCUGAGGAAGUUCCGUGACACCCCCAGCAUGUGGCGGCUCAGCAAGCUGGACACGGUGGUGUGGUGGACAACCUUGCUGUCCUCCACGCUGAUCACCACAGAGACUGGGCUUCUCGUGGGUGUCUGUUUUGCUCUGCUCUGUGUCAUCUUCCGCACGCAGAGACCCAGGGCCAUGCUCCUGGGCAAGGUCAGCAACACGGAAAUCUAUGAGGACCAGUCCACUUACAAGCAGCUCAGCAGUAUUGCCAACAUCAAAAUCUUCCGCUUUGAGUCAUCCCUCUACUAUGCCAACAAGGACUAUUUCAAGGCUGUUCUUUACCAGAAAACUGGGGUAAAUCCUAUCCUGCUGGCUGCUAGGCACCAAAGCGGGGAGGCCCAGGUGAAUGCAGACACAGGCAACAGCAAGAGCUUUUUUGGCACCAGGUUUGGCUGCCUGAAACAGGCCAAGAAGAGGGCUGAGAAGCCUCCAGAAGAUACCUGUCCUCCUUCCGUAGAUAUGCACACCUUAAUCCUUGACUGCGGGGCAAUGCAGUUCAUAGAUACUGUGGGUCUCUCUGUGCUAAAGGAGACACGUCGUGACUAUAAGGAGAUUGGCGUCCAGGUGCUGCUGGCCAACUGCAACCCUUCCAUCCGCCACCGGCUCCAGGAGGGAGGCUGGGCUGGUGGGAUGGACAGUGGUGGUCAGUUGGCCUUCCACAGCAUCCACCAUGCGGUGCAGUUUGCUGAGCGGUGGUACCACAGGCAGCAGGAGGAGAGCGAAGAUGCUCUCCCAGACCCCAAAGACUUGAACUUCCAGGUGUCUUCCUAGCCCUCGUGUGCGAGGAAUGAUUUCUAACGGGGAUGGGCUUGGGGUGUACUUGAGAGCCGCUACAUAAAAAAGGACUCUGAUGGAUGGCCAGCACCAGGCAUGGGCGGCGCGAAGGAUUGGGACGGGGGACUGUCCCGCAUGGACACGUGUCUCUCUCCUGGGCACUGGGGGGCUGUCUCCAGGGCCCCAGUCUCCGGGGUUCCGUGCCCUCCCCAGGUUCUCAUGACUUCUAUGGCUGAAAUUACAGAUUUCCUCCCCAGAAAAGGUAUCUGAGAUCACCAGCUGCUCUUCAUAAACUGUAAAUCAGGAACACCUGUGCCAUAGAUUUUAACAGCCAUGUUCUCCCAGUGUUUGCAGACUCUGUGCUGCCUUUCAGAUGUGAUGGCUGGACCUAGACUGCAGCUGGGGAGAUGGUGCUGCCAUCCACAGCCGUCGGGCAGGGCUGCCUUCUGCCUGCAGCACCACCAGAGGGGACCCGGCUCCUGAGCAGACACAAGGACCUGUCCUCACUGGACCGGGAGAGGCAGCAUCCUGCUGGCUCUGCUUCUGCAUCCCAGGGGUGAGUCCUUGCUCUGAGCUGUGAGGCUCCACAGCACUGCCGAGCACCAGAAUAGCUUUUCUUCUGUGAACUCCCAUCUGCAAAAAACACCUUCUAUAUUCCAUAUUUAAUAUCUAACUAUUCCCCUAGCCUCAUCCAAGAAAUGUGGCACCAAAGAUGCAGUGCUGAAGGGGACUCUAGCGUUGGCAGCCACUCUGGAGCCCAGGGACGAGAGACUGUUGUAAA